ACACCCGCCUCCUCCGCCUCCUCGCCCUCAAGCCUCACCCUCCCAAGCUCCAGCAGCUCCGCAACCGUAACCCCGCUGUCCGGCCCCCCCGACGUCCUCCUCAACGUCCCCACCCUCUCCGUCGGCCGCAUCGAGCUGGACGUCGACAACCUGCAAGCCGACAUCAACCUCAACGCCAACGUCGCGAGCAUCGUCUCCAUCAACGCUGGGGUGCAGCUCUCCAUCACCAAAGUCAACCUCACCAUCUCCGACGUCUCCGCCAAGCUCGAGCUGAUCGUGCGCCUGGGCCACCUCGUCGACAUCGUCAACCGCGUCUUCGAGUCCCUCGACCUAAACCCGCUCCUCGUCAACGCAAUCAACAACGUCACCGCGGUCGCGACGCAGGUCGUGGGCGCGGUGGACGGGCUGCUGGGCUCCGUGACGCAGGGCGGCACGACGCUGUCGUUCGUGGUGGACAAUCUCGGGAAUAUCGUCCAGGAGGUGGGCGGCGUGAGUACGAUCGUAGGGAACUAUAUGCAGAAUAUGACGGAGACGGGGACGCCGGAGCAGCUGGGGAACGGGCUGGUGCAGAAGACGUAUAGUUACUCGCCGCUGAGUGCGCUAGUGAAGAUUAUUUUUAAUGCGGCGGGCCAGGUGGUGCAGGCGACGGUGGCGAAGCAGACGGCGACGGGGACGGCGAGUACG